AGUACGAAUCCAGCAUCCGACUAGAAUAGUAAAAUCGAAAAGUCAAAAGCAGGCAAUUUUCACAGAGUGAAUAAAAAGUCUGAGUGAAAAAAUUUUUCAUCUGACAAAAAACGGAAUUAAAUUGUGAAAUUUAGUGAAUUUAAUAAUGUGCUAGUAAUAGUGAAUGCAUUAAACUGUUAAGUAAAAUGAUAACAAAAGUGAUUGUGAUAAUUUUAGUUUGUUUAAAAUUUGAUUUUAUUCAUCCACUGCCUGAUAUUAUUCGCAUUGGCGGUUUAUUUUCACCAUUACCCUCAAACGACGAUCAUCAAACAACUGAUCCACAAGAGAUUGCAUUCAAGUAUGCUGUAGAAAAAAUCAAUGCAGACAAUAAAAUUUUACCACGCUCCAAGCUCCACGCUGAGAUUGAGAGAAUUUUACCGCAAGAUAGCUUUCAUGCAUCAAAGCGUGUUUGUCAUUUAAUGAAAACGGGCGUUGCGGCAAUUUUUGGACCACAAUCAUCACAUACAGCAUCUCAUGUGCAGAGCAUUUGUGAUACAAUGGAGAUUCCACAUUUGGAAACAAGAUGGGAUUAUCGACUGAGACGUGAGAGCUGUUUAGUAAAUCUCUACCCACACCCAUCGACGUUAUCGAAAGCUUAUGUUGAUUUGGUUAAUGCAUGGAAAUGGAAGUCAUUUACAAUAGUUUAUGAGACAAAUGAGGGCUUAGUGAGAUUGCAGGAGCUUCUUAAAGCUCAUGGGCCUUCUGAAUUUCCGAUAACUGUCAGACAAUUGAGUGAUUCUGGAGACUAUAGGCCACUACUUAAGCAAAUAAAGAAUUCAGCAGAAUCACGAAUUGUCCUUGACUGUACAACUGAAAAGAUUUACGAGGUUUUAAAACAAGCGCAACAGAUUGGCAUGAUGAGUGACUAUCAUAGCUAUUUAAUAACAUCGCUUGAUUUAAAUACAGUCAAUUUAGAACCAUUCCAAUACGGUGGUACAAAUAUAACAGCAUUUCGUCUCGUAAAUCCCGAUAAUCCACUUGUACGCCAAACGGUUAAAAACUGGACCGCAAUUGAUGCAAAAAUGAAUGGAGGAAAGAAAGUAAAUUUGUAUGACAAUACAUCUACCAUAAAAGCCGAAACAGCAUUAAUGUAUGAUGCUGUCCAUUUGUUUGCGAAGGCACUUCAUGAUCUCGACUCGAGUCAACAGAUUGACAUUCAUCCAUUAUCGUGUGAUAAUCAAGACACAUGGCCGCAUGGAUAUAGUCUCAUCAACUACAUGAAAAUUGUCGAAAUGCGUGGACUAACGGAUGUCAUAAAGUUUGAUCAUCAAGGCUUUCGUACGGAUUUCAUAUUGGAUAUAAUAGAGCUUUCACCACUUGGCUUGAGGAAAGUAGGCACAUGGAAUUCAACACAAGGUGUUAAUCUCACGAGAACGUACGGAGACCAACAGAAAGAGAUAAAAGAGAUAUUAGCCAAUAGAACUUUAGUAGUGUCGACAAUUUUAAGCAGUCCUUAUUGUAUGAGGAAAGAGGCAGAAAAUCGUCUAACAGGAAAUGACCAGUUUGAAGGUUAUGCUAUCGAUCUCAUUCAUGAAAUCUCAAGAAUACUCGGCUUCAACUUUACAAUACGACUGGCUCCAGACGGACGAUAUGGAAGUUAUAAUCAUAAUACCGGCGAAUGGGAUGGUAUGAUAAAGGAACUUUUGGAUCAACGUGCUGAUGUAGCUAUAGCAGAUCUUACAAUAACUUAUCAGCGUGAGCAGGUGGUCGAUUUUACAAUGCCAUUUAUGAAUCUUGGGAUUUCGGUUCUGUAUAGAAAGCCGAUAAAGCAACCGCCAAAUCUCUUUUCGUUCCUGUCUCCACUUUCACUUGAUGUUUGGUGCUAUAUGGCGACUGCAUAUCUCGGUGUAUCCAUCCUUCUGUUUAUAUUAGCCAGAUUUUCGCCUUAUGAAUGGGAAAUACCGCAUAUAUGCCAAAAGGAUUGCGAAGGGAUCUUAAUAAAUCAAUUCUCAUUGCUUAACAGUCUAUGGUUCACAAUAGGCUCGCUCAUGCAGCAAGGCUCAGAUUUAAGUCCGAAAGCAUUAUCAACGAGAAUGGUUGCGACGAUGUGGUGGUUCUUUAGUUUAAUCAUGAUAUCAUCAUACACUGCCAACUUGGCUGCAUUUUUGACAGUUGAACGCAUGGACUCACCCAUUGAAAGUGCAGAGGAUCUUGCCAAACAGACGAAAAUUAAGUACGGAGCCUUGCAAGGCGGUACGACGGUAGCAUUCUUCAGGGACUCAAACUUCUCAACAUAUCAGAAAAUGUGGUCCUUCAUGGAAUCACAACGACCUUCAGUAUUCACUGCAACAAAUUUCGAGGGAGUUGAGCGAGUAAAGAAGGGUCGUGGUAGCUAUGCAUACCUAAUGGAAUCAACAUCAAUAGAAUAUACGAUUGAAAGAAAUUGUGACUUAACGCAAAUUGGUGGGAUGCUUGACUCAAAAGGUUAUGGAAUUGCGAUGCCACAGGGAUCACCAUAUAGAACAUUAAUCAGCGGUGCUGUGCUCAAAUUACAGGAGGAAGGAAGGCUCCAUCUGCUGAAAACGAAAUGGUGGAAGGAAAAACGUGGUGGUGGUGCAUGUCGUGACGAAACUUCUAAAACUACCUCGACAGCCAAUGAAUUAGGAUUAGCAAACGUGGGCGGUGUGUUUGUUGUCCUGAUGGGUGGAAUGGGUAUUGCCUGUGUCAUAGCUGUAUGUGAAUUUGUCUGGAAGUCCAGAAAGGUGGCAAUCGAGGAGAAGAACAACUAGGAUUCAAUUAGCGACCCUGAUUUGAUUUCCAUAAUGACAAAAUGAUUUUCCUGAAUUUUUUUAUUUGAUCGCAAAAAUUCCCUUAAUUUUUUUUAUGCAUAAACAGCAAUCAAGUGUCGAUUGUAUUGUUGAUUAGAUAUUUACUUUAUUAAAAACGUUUUAUUUUACGUUAAAAUGUUGUUGAAUUUUAGUGAAAUUGAAAUUUUGUACUUCCUUUAUGAAACUUUAUUGCAUAUUUAAAAAAAAAAAAACAAAAUAAUAAUCAAAUGUUUGUGAAGAAUUAUUGAAAAUAUAUUUUGUCGAUAAUUAUUUCAUCUCUUUUCAACAUUCUGUGCAUUCGAUUUAAUAACUUUUUUAUGGAAAUCUAUUAGGAGAUAAGCUUAUGUUCUGAGAUGGCUUCAGAGCUUCGAUUUGCUUUUAAAUGUAGUUCUGGUUCAAAGCAACGACAACAAAGAAGCAAUCAAGAAGGUUCAUCUCCAAAUAAUGUGUCUGAUAUAUCAGAUCGCUUCCAUCCAUUAGGACCACCAUAUUCACAAUAUGAAUUCGAUUCAAAUAAGGGCCAUGGAAUACCAUAAAGCUCUCGUGCUCAAAUUUUUUAUUAACAUUUUUUAAAGUAUCAAAAAAUAAAAUCUUAGGAUAAAAAUUUAGAUUUGCUGAAUGUAAGCGUGUCUGUUUGUUACUGUACACAAAAAAAGAUCCAUUCGGAUUUCAACAAGCCUUUUUUUAAACAACGCAGCCUAAAACUUAUCUGAUUCAAUUCCUGUUUUCUCGAAUUGAUUUUUCCGUACUUUUUACAUAUUUUAUUUAUGUGAGUUUAUUAUCCACACUGAAAACAUUCAAGAAAUAACAAGAGAAAAACUCGACAAGCCCAUAAAUGCAUGAAUGUAGCAGAAUGUACUCAUAAAACAACCUUAUCAACAUGUCAUUAUGUUGGUACCCUUCCCAGAAGAAAAAUAGGAACUGAUGUGGAAUAAAUUUAUUAUAUAAAUUGAAGGACUUCUGGUUCUGUUUUCAAUGUUGCAACCUUAAAAUUGGCAAAUUAAAAUCAUGUGUCAGUUACUGAAUAUUUUCAAUCAUGUUCAAAACUCUCUGUAAAUGUGCGAAAAAAAACCCACAGCACAACAAACUAUAAGAAAACAAAUCAAAGAAUUCCAAACUCUUAUUCAACAAAAUUUUCAAACAAAAGAACUUACAUCGAAGUGAAACAAUUCCUUCUUUAUUACAUCCUUUAUGAAAUAUCCAAAAGAAUUUUUCCUAUACAUGAAGGAUAAAUAUUUCAACUAAUACUUACUUUGAAGUCAAAGAAGAAAGGAAUGCAAUUCAAGAAGUAAAAUUUCUUAGCUAUAAACAAUUCUGAGAGAAAAAUUGAUGUCUUGAAAGAUAGGAGCCGUCGAUAGAUAGUUGAGUGAUUGACAUUAUUGCAUGGAAAACGUGAUGAUUGAUAUUUUGGCUGCUGUGUAAAUUGUCUUAUUUCCAUCGCACAUGUUAUGUUAAAAGGUUGUAAAAACUGAGUUUUUUUACAUUCUACAUCCGUUCUUACUUAUACUUGAUGAAAUUUUAUUUUUUUUUAUGGAUUUUUAAAUGCAGAGAGCUACCGAUGGCAUUUCAAAAUUACUCAAAAAUGUAAAAUUUUCAUUGAAAAUUUGUCGAUUAACGUCAUAAAAAAAAUUUAAAAAUAAAAAUAUAUAUGGGAUGGAUGUCACGUACCCCAUAUCAAACUUGUUCAACAACUAAUAGUGUAUUUUAAGGGUAAAAAUAUUAAGACUACCCAUACCUCUAUCCCACAAUUUUUCUACAAAAUAAUAACUUUUAAAAAUCAUAAAAAAUUCAUAAAAAUAAGAAAUUUAAGGUUUGGUACUCGAAAUCAAUUUGAUAUAAAAUUCUAAAUUUCAAAUUGAUUUUUAAAGGAUUAACCUGCCAAAACAAUCUCAUUUCUAAAGCCAAAUAACGAUAAUGUUAAUAAAUCAUUUUAAAAAUGAUACUUAAUAUUUUAAGAUGAAGGAAUUUAAGUUCUUAGUUAAACAAUGACAAGAUGAAGAGCUUUUUAUAGUGAAAUAUCAAAUUAAUUCUUCAAACUUGGUUGUUUUUAUUUUAUAAGUAGUUCAAAUUUUUUACUUAAAACUUCCACUUUAAGUAAUGAGAUAUUUUCUAGAUAAAUUUAUUUAACAUAAUGUUUGAAAACUUUUCUGUCGUUUAUUUGACGUAAUUUUGAGCAAAUAUUAAUUCAAGUUGAGACUUUUGAUUAUGAUGAAGCGGAUGAAGGAUUUUUUUGCUAGUUAAAAGAUAACGAGCUAACAAAGAUUUCUCUAGCAGUGAGAUUGAAAAUUCAUCGGGGGAGGAGCGGGGUCAAUAACGUAAACUUAAUAUUAAAAGUAGAUUUUAAUUUAAUUUUUGUUAUGAUUAAGGUUAAAAACUUUAUUGACACAUAAUUAUUUAUUAUGUUGCCCCUCAAACAAUUCUCAAAAAACAAUUUGCGUUCUUUGGAAAAAAAUGAAUAAAUUUUUAUUAAGAAAAUAAUCAUUAGUCAAUAUAACCAUUAACAUUUAAAUAAUAAAAUGACAUGAAAACAUCUUUGUAACUUUCAGUAAUAAAAAGUAAAUAUUCUUUCUGUAAAAUUGCCAAAUUAAUAUUAAGAAAAAUUUUUUCGAUAAAUUCAUAAGCAAAAGUAAUGAUAAGAAAAACAAAAUUGUAUAUAAUAGAAAAUAUGAAACUUUUUUAUCACUUCCACGUAUAUAAGAAGGAAAAGAAUUUUUAUUAGUUUUUAUCGCAAGAUUUUUUCCUCUUUUUCCGAUUUGACUUUAUUGUCCAUACAUAAUAAUGAUAAGGAAAAAAAGAAUGAGAAUCAAAUUAUAGGCGAUAAUAUCCAAUAAUAAAAUAAUGAUAAAAAUAAAGAAAUGAGACGAUUAAAGAUGUUCAAUGUUGAAAAAGAAAGUUACAAAUUCUUUUUUUAUUGAUUUUAUUUUUGCAGGAUUGUCUUACUUCACUCCACGAUAAACUUUAAAAGUCAUUCUAAACUUCGUUCAGAACACUUAAAAUCUUGAGGUAAAAAUUUCCAAAAUAAAAUUAAAUCCCUUGUUUCUCUGUGACUUAAAGUGAAUAGUUGUGUGAUUAAAUCCUGGUCCACCAGCAUACAACUGUGCAUAACCGCCUUUAUUUUCAUGCAUUUGAUCCGUGAUUCUUAUAGCUGUGAUUGUUCGGUUAUUUUUUUGAUACUGUUGUGGAAAUUCAACAUCAAGUGUUGCAACUUGUAGAAAGGAUGAUGAUUUUUUGACAAUAUCAUGAAACAGAAGCACGUCGUAUGGUCCAACUGUUCCCCAUGUCAUGUUCGUUGAUGUUGUCAAUCCCAGCAAGGAUAUAAAAAUUGUCGCAAUAAGUAUUAAAGUCUUCAUUUUUUUCUGAAUGAUUUUUGUUCUCUUUUUUUUGUAUAUUGCACUUAAUGGAAGUAAACAACUGAAUGAAAGUGGAAAA